UGGCAGGUGCCAGAUCUCCAGGGCCCUGGGAGCCCUGGAGUGGGGUUCACAUUUUAUUCUCCGUGCCAGAGAAAGCCACCGGGGGAUUGUUAAGCAAUGCAUAUCCUGAUUUUGAAGCUCCUGGAAGACAGUCUAUGUCCUGAUUACUGUAGCAAUAAAUAUUUCUUGAUGAGGUGAUGAAGUAGUGACUCUGCCUGCUGCAGAAGGCUUUCCUCUGCUAAAUGCCUCCCAGCAUGUCUGCUAGAAAUCUUCAGCCAUCGGGAACAUCACCUCCUCACCCUUCCACAACUUUCCACCACUCCACGCAGACCUUAUCUUCACAGGAAGAAGGUACCAAGGGAGAUGAGAAGAGUUCAAUGGAAGAAUUUUUAUUUCUUCAAGAGGAAAAGAGCCCAGAGGAAGACCAGUACCUAGAGGAGGAGGAAAAUUAUCUGAAAGGAAAGGAGCAUCUGAAGGAGGAAAAGUAUCUACAGAAGAAAGAGCUGCUGGAAGGAAAAAUGUUUCUGUAUGAAAAGUUUCUGGAAGAGGGUGAGUAUCUGGGGAGGACGUCCCAUAGAUGCAGCAGGCUUCUCCUUGGCGACACGAUGCCGUCUACAUCCUUGGUGAAGCGCGACGGAGAGUUCCUGGGCUCGCAGGACCAGAGCAUGCAGAUGGAGUGGAUCUGUGAAAGCCGGCAGGCGGGAACCAUAUCUCCUGGUGAAGAGACCAUGGAAUCCAACGGGGCUGUUGAGAGACCACUGGCCUGGGUUGCGACCAGGUCGUAUCAGUCAGUGCUCAGGACCGUGCUCAAAGAAAUGGCAGCUCACGAUGAACUGGAGGACGAUAUUAACAUUCCCCUGACUGGUCAUCUGGAGAGUGAGACCAGAAUGAAACUGGGAAUUCUGCUGAAGAAAAAUUUUGCAAAAUAUAAGGAAGCAAUCCUCUGGAUUAUGAAGAAACAUGAAAACUUACUUAACCAAAGGGCUACAGAGACUACUUUCACAUUCCACUUAUGUAAUCUACCACCACAAGAUGAGGAGUCUGAGAAAGAAGUAGUCAAACAAUCUCGUCGUCUUGUUCGCCGUAAGAAGACGUUAGAAAUACACACAGACUGGAUAAAGAACAAGAUUAAGGUACAUCAAGGUGAUGGAAAAAUCAUUCUCUACCCCAGUGAGACUGUCUUCCAAAUUCUCUUUCCCGAUGGAUCAGGCCAGAUAUAUUAUCCAUCAGGACACCUGGCUAUGCUCAUCCUCAGUAUAAAAGAGGGAAAGUUCACAUACAUCAUUCUGGAAGACAGUGAAAAUAUGUGUGUCCGGGCGCUUAUCAACAACUCUGGCCAUGCCACCUUCUAUGAUGAAAAUGGAAACAUCUGGUUGAACCUGAGCCAAAACCUGGGAUACUACUUCGCCAGAGACAAGUACCAGAAGGCCUGGAACUGGUGGGAUCUGAACCUCCACAUCCACGCACCCCCCGUCCAGCCCAUCUCCUUGAAAAUCAACCAGUACAUCAAGGUACAAAUAAGGAGCCAGGAUAAGAUCAUCUUCCGCUUCAUCCACAAAAAGAAGCACAUUUGCUUAAACCUAGGCACCAAGUACAAGUACAUCACCCCGGCGGUGCUGAGCAAAAUGAAGAAGAAAGCAGUCCUGGAGAUGGAAUUCAGUUCAACAGCUCAGAAGAUCCAGAUCCUUCUGGGAAAAAUGAGUAAGAUCCUGAAUAUACUGACCACCUCUGAUUUGGAAUGCUUCAUACAGGGCAUCAAGAUCUUGCCAACAAGACAGUAUGAGUUGGAGAAGGAACUCUCAUCUUCCAAGCUGGGGCAGUCACCAAACUGUGCUGCUUCGGCACGUGCUGAAUGUUUCGGGGAGGUGGAGGUGUCCAAAGCCCCGAGGAAACCCCCAAAGCCCUAG